AUGGCUCGUCGACCAUAUGAUUUGUUGUUCAAGUUGUUGCUCAUUGGUGAUUCGGGUGUGGGCAAAACUUGUAUACUUUAUCGAUUUAGUGACGACGCCUUCAACACAACAUUCAUCUCCACAAUUGGUAUCGAUUUCAAGAUUAAGACUAUUGAAUUGAGAGGGAAGAAAAUUAAACUUCAAAUAUGGGACACUGCUGGUCAGGAACGUUUCCAUACUAUAACAACUUCUUACUAUCGGGGAGCAAUGGGCAUUAUGCUUGUGUACGAUAUCACAAAUGCCAAGAGUUUUGACAAUAUUGCGAAAUGGUUGCGGAACAUUGAUGAGCAUGCAUCAGAAGAUGUAGUAAAAAUGAUACUUGGCAACAAGUGUGAUAUGACCGAGAGGCGUGUUGUAAGUCGUGAAAGAGGAGAGAAAAUUGCCAAGGAUCAUGGUAUAAGGUUCUUGGAAACUUCGGCGAAAGCAAAUAUCCAUAUUGAUACGGCCUUUUAUGAGCUAGCAGAAGCAAUUCUGGAUAAGAUGCCGGUACAAGUAGAAGAGCAAAGGAUGACCGUAAAUCCAUUGGAUGGUGGUAAAAGUGGAAGUGGCGGUUGCUGCUAA